ACAAAGUGAAAAAUAUAGUUUAUAAUAAAUACUUGAUUUUUGGGUGACAGUGUUUUCACUAAAAACUGUCACCAAACAAUUUAGGAAUUACCUAAGGUUAAUAACAAUGAAUUUCAUUUAAUCACUUAUUAAGAAAAUUUCUAUUAUCUUAAUAAGUGAUUAUUUAUAUCAUACCUUCCAAGAAACUGACAUUGACUAAUAUGAAUAUAAUGUACUUAAACAAGUAAACAAAUUAUUUUUUAAUUAUGAUCAUUACCAACCAAUGCACAAUUAAAGUGAAAAAUAUUGUUUAUAAUACUUACUUGACUUAUGCGUAUUUUCACUAAACACUGUCACCCAAAAAUUUUGGAAUUGCCUAAGGUAAAAAUCCAUUUCGACAAUGACUAGGACCCAUCUAAAGACAUUUAAGCAAUUUCUGUAGUUAUAACAGUGUUAUGCGGUACCUUGCACUAGGCAUUUGUGUAAUAUGACAGAUCACAAAUAUGUCAAGGGUGGUUUUAUUUGGAAUUAUAACUAAUCUGCUUAGACAAUUUGUAAGAUAAGGAAUUUCCUAGUUAAGCUUUGCCUUGUUCUAGGUGAGUGAAAUUGGUGUUAAGUCUUAGUUUAAGAUUAAAAUUUAUCUGCAAGUUUUUACAUUCAAAAUUAUAAUACUAAUAAAUAUUAAAUAUAUGUAAGUACCUAGUCUUUGUCUAACAAGUAGUGUCACAGAAUAAAUCUUUUUUAAAACUGGUUCGCAGAUAAAUGGAUUAUGGUAACUUAUUAAAUUAUCACAAAUAGGAUCAGCUACUAAACUAGUCUAUUUGCAUCAUACUAGACUGUAUUGGCCGCUGCAAGAAUAACCUACAUAUUUGGAUUUUUAUUUAUAUAAAUUUCAAAAUUGUUACAAUAAAUAAAAAAAAAAUACUCAAUCAUAAUAUAAAAAAUGUAACAAAAAUCAAUAUUAAAAAAAUCAUGCCUUUUCCUAGUGACAUGUUCAAAAUAUUUGGUGGUCACAUUCACUUUGUACUGAAUGUCAGCAUCAUGAUUUUUACCUUUUUUGAAUCUUAUAUGUUUCCUUUGGCUGUCAUAAAAUGGGUGAUAGUAAUCACUAAAUAUGGUGGAUUGCCAUAUCUCGAAAAAUACAAGACCUCAGCUCGAAACUUGAGGUCACAUUAUAACUAUAAUUUACAUUUGAUAACAAUAUACAAUAGUGAAACAACUAAUGUUAUGCAAAAAAAUGUAUCUAGUGUUAGUGUUACAGUGGAGAAAAGUGCAAUAAUGUUUGAAGAUAUAUGGAUUCGGGUAUGUUUAUUUAUAAUUAAAUGCAUCUCGUAAUGGAUUCUAGAAACUGAUGUAACCAAUGGUUCAGUUUAAACAGUGCUAAUAAUAAACAAGGCUUAGCGUCAAAGUAAAUUUUUCAUAUUAAAUUCAUAUUAUACAGAGAAUUACCAAACCUACCUUUGCUAAAUCUCUGUUUAAUAAUAUGAAUUUUGACUUAUACUAAGUGCAAUCUCAGCAUAAAUUUAUUCCAACGCUAAAACAUGUUUAUAAAUAACACUGAUAUAUUGUAUAUUUAAUCUACACAUGUAUAUCUUUUUUAAAUUACACAUGGAAAAUUAAUGCGGAUUUCAAAGAUGUACAUAAUGUUUCAUUAGAAAGCUUUAUAUGUACAAUACAGGAUCACGCGAGCUAAACCGCUAGCGGAAAGAUAAACCUUGAUAAAAGGUAAACAUAUCAAAGAAUGACUGGGUAAAAAAGAAAUGCUAUUUAGUCCGUUGGUCAGAUUAUAGAAAACAAAAAAUGGCUUAAAUAAUAAGCAUUAAGCAAAAAAUGGCUUAAAUAAUAAGCAUUAAAUUUUUAGAGAGGGGGCUCACUAAGUGACAGUUUUAUAGAAAAUGUACAAAAGCGUGACGCUUAGACAACUAUUAGAUCACAAAAACUACGUUAUGGUCAUCAUACCAAUAGGGA